AUGAGUCAACGCGGCUGGGAUCCCAAGAAGACAGUCAUCUCCGGGAGAAGAGGCUCGGACGCCAACUACGAUAUCCGCACUCCGGCAAGCUCCCAUGUCAAUAUCCGGCCGAGUCCAAGCUAUUACGGUCACAAUUUUCAAAAUUCCGCACAGGGCCGCUCAUCAAGCUUCGCCUAUGGCGAUAUCAAGGAGCCAAAAUUGCCAGAUCCAUGGGUCAAGGCACCACAGCCAUACCCAGAGCACGUGGAAAAAGAGUACACUGCCUACAAGGAUGCCGGAAAACAUCUGGCGGCAGUCAGACGAGAGUUCAUCAAACUGGCUCCGUUGGCUACUUCUGGUAACCAGGGUCCCGCCAUGCAGAUUCUGAGGGAGGGUGAGCGACUGGCCACUGACAUGAUAGCCGCUUCCAAUACAGUGGCAGCUUCUCGCAGUGGCUUUGACCACAAGUAUCCAACUGCUUAUGACAGCCUGAAAAAGAAAGGCUCGCAUCAUGGUGAGGCCGUAAAGCAGCUCAAGACUGCGAGAAACUACCGCAGUCAGAGAGACGUGAUCCGCAAUAAGAUGAAUCCCCCACCACAUCCCUAA